CCGGGGUGGGGGGGCGUGCUGGAAGUGGCCUUGAGCUUAGACGUCGGAAGCCCCUUCGCACUCUGUCCUCGCCCGGCUUCAAGCGGGAAGGAGGCGGAUGGAAAAGACAGGGUGGCAGAGCCGCGUUUGUAAUCGGGCUGCCGGGAGCGGACGAGUUGUAGCGUUCCAAGUUGUGUGUGAAGCAACGGCAUUGAGCGGACCCGUGUUCGCUCCCUUUCCUGGACGUUUGCCUUUGAUAAGCUGUCCAACACCCCCACCUACCCUAUUAAUAACACGGAAGGCUGCAAGGUCGGGGAGUGUUGCUAUUGUUUAGUUUCCAGGGAUAGAAUGGGGACCAUGGCAUUGGAGCUAGUCCCCUGCACCAUUAAGAACCCAGUAGCAUUGCAAGUGGGAGACAUGAAGACCGAGAUGAGCCGACCUGGUGUUCUGGUGAUUGAUGUUUCAUUCCCACACUCACAGACCACAGACUUACAGGCAGUUGCAUUCAAAAAUUACUAUACUGCCUUUUUGACCCUUCGAGUACAGCGACAAAGUUCUGCAGAUGAUGGGAAUGAAAGCCCUUCCAAAUGGGUUACUUGUCUACGUAACUUUUGUUUGAUGCCUAACCUACAUACAGAGGAGGGUUCCCAAAACUACUUUUCUAUUUCCAGGCAUCAGAUGCUUUGUGAUGUGGAUCAGGUGGCUGCCAUGCGUUUCAUCCUGCGCCAGCCUUCUCCAGUAUGGUUGCAUUUUGCAAUUGAGGAGCUGCAACUUUUUUCUUUGUGCCAGAAGAAUCCUCAGAAAGGCUUUCCAGCUUGGCUUUCUCAUCCUUCUCCUCAAGAGCAGCCAACAAGCUUACAUGAUGGACUUCCUGAUGCCAACAGAGUGUCUUCCGAACUGCAGCAAAUGUGGGUUUUAACUGAGAUGCUCCAAGCCAGCCAACCAGUAGCACGGAUUGGGCGUUUUGAUAUAGAGGACUCCUAUGACCUUAAUCUGCUUUCUUAUACUUGAAUGGUCCCAAAAGAAGAAGAAGCAAGGCUUUCAAGCAGGGCUGCAUCCUUGCAUUGUAGCCUAGCCUGAGCAGGAAGAAGGAAGAUUAAGACUUGAUUGCUUCCAUGUUCCCGUCUCAUGUUCCAAUAACUAUCCACUUAGAUUCUGUGGUAAUCUGGUUUUCAAGCCUAUAUUUUGCACUGAACCCUGGAAAGUUAGAUUACCUAAACUGAAACUGCCCAAUUAGGCUUGUUUCUCUCCUGAUCUGCUUUUCCAAGCCUUGCUGCAUGAUAUAAGGUUUUUUUUUUUCAGGCAAAAUGAAAUAUAUUCAAGAAUCUGGUACUGGGAGCAUGGAGGAAAGGAAUCCUUCAUUUUUAUAAAUAGUGAUUUGAGAUAUUGUAAGAAGGACUCCGGAUAUAGGUGUCUAAGAUUGAAAAAGGGCAAUUCUAAAAAAUGCGAGAUACAGAGAUCAAUGUUGCUGUCUACCUCACUUAUAAUUACAGAGCACAGGUCUUUUAAUAUGUGUGUAGACUUCAAAAAGAAAAUGUUGCAUCAUGCUAAAACCAUGACAUUAGUAUUCUUGGAGGGAUGGAGGUUGUAGAAAGCUAAGUUUUAUCAUACAUUUUCUAUCCCAAUAUGCUAUUAUUACGUUUUCUCAUAGGUCCAAUGAGUGUUGAGCUUGGUUAAAUGAAAGGGAAAGUUUGGUUCAUUUUGUCUCAUGUCAAAAAUCUUUAGAUAGAUUGUAUCUGCAAAGCUCAGUUGAAAAAUGCCUUUUGGAGAUUGGUUUGACAAUUACCAAGAGGGAUAUUUGAGCAUCUUCAUUCAAGCCACUGAAUGACUUACCUAUUUACUGGAAUAGCAUCGUAUGAUUUCCACAGAAAAGGAAACAAUCCUUCUUACAGUAUGGACAUAAUUUGUAGUUAUCAGAAGGAUCAAACUGUAGAACAGGGGUCUUCAGACUUGGCCCUUUUAUGACUUGUGGACUUCAACUCCACGCUGGCUGAGGAAUUCUAGGAGUCAAAGUCCACAAGUCAUAAAAGGGCCAAGUUGGAAGACCCCUGCUGUAGAACAACAUAAAUUUCUGCAGUGGGAUGUAUGUGAUUUUUUUUUUAAAAAAAGCUAUUGCAUUUUUGGAGUGUCUUUACAGCUGUUUUCUGUAUAUUAUGCACCUUGUAUUAUUUAUGUAUGUUAUUAUUUAUAGUUAAUUAUUUAUGUUAAUUAUUUAUAUUUUAAAAGGAUUGUAAUAGACUUCUAAUGCACUCUAUAUAUUUAAGGGAUCACAAAUAAAUGAAAAGCUAUGUACUAUAUAAUGACACACUGUAAACACAUGGGAAAUACUUUUGAUCCUAAAGACUGCAGGUAAAUUUUUGUUCCUGAUACAUAUGGAAUACAUGCCUUAAUUUCUUUUCUUUGCUUUUGAGUAUAGUUUCUGGGGCAAAAAAGGGGAGCUUUGAGGCUGAUUCUUUCCAGCCAUCUGGCGGAGAUGGCUCAGUUGCUAAUGCCAAUAUUAGUAAGAAACCUGGCUUCGGUCUACCAAGGUUUGCUUUGUUUCCUGCUUUUGGGGCCAUAUAUUUACCUUCUGCUUAUUGGCAGAAAGAGGAAUAAGCUGUUCCGAGAGUAGAAAUGGAAGGAAACACUGUUGCCAUAUUUUUAUCUGAACAGUUUUUCCAAAUACAUAAGAGAUGAAAAAGGAAGUAGCAAAGAAUGAGAUGAAGUCUCAAAUUAUCUGCCCAAUCUGCCCAAUAAAAAAAAAGUAAUAACAGAUCUUUUGCCUACUGUACUCUUUAAUUUACUUCUGAGUAAUUUCAUUUUUUCCCCAACUGCAUUUAUUUUGUCUUACUGAAAUAUAUGAUUCUGAAAUAA